GGCUCUGUGUCCUGGGCUUUUGCAUGGACCCCGAGGAAAACAGUGGAUGAAAUAUAAUGGGUGGGACCCCUAACCACAACUGCCGAAGAAAGGCUAGCAGUGGGAAGCCCGACCCCAAACAAAAGAAUCAGGAGGGCCUUCAGCUACCAGGAGAGAAGCGAAGUUAUUCACCUGGCUGUUAAGGCUGACAGGACAUUGUAGCUGGCUCCAUCCCUGAGGCUUCGUGGACGCCCUUCCUGGGAGCACAUAGCCCGUGUCCUCCGGGGAGCAGUGGAGCCAACUUGAGGACUCACUGAUCAUGACUUCUAUCAAGGAGCAGGCAGCAAUUAGCCGGCUCUUGAGUUUUUUACAGGAUUGGGACAAUGCUGGCAAAGUCGCAAGGAGUCACAUCCUCAACAAUUUCAUUGAAACCAACAAAGGCAAGACUGCCCCUGAGCUGGAACAGGAGUUUUCCCAGGGAGCCAGCUUGUUCCUGGUCCGCUUGACCACCUGGCUUAGACUCACCUACAUGACUGGCUCACGUUUAGAUAAGCUGCUCAGGUCCAUUGGCAUCUUCUUAUCAGCUGUAAGCAGUAAUCGAUAUCUCAUAGAAUUUCUUGAGGUUGGUGGGGCCCUAACACUCUUGGAAAUACUUGCACUGAAGGAGAUCGAGGAGGAGGACAAGAAGGAAUCCAUCAAGCUACUUCAGGUUAUCUCAAACUCUGGCAGAAAGUACAAGGAGCUCAUCUGUGAAAGCUAUGGGGUACGAUCCAUAGCAGAGUUCUUGGCAAAGUCUAAGUCAGAAGAGACCCAGGAAGAAGUGCAGGUUCUGCUGGAGUCUUUGAUCCACAGUAAUCCCAAGUAUCGGAAUCAAGUGUACAGAGGCCUAAUAGCUUUGCUGCCCUGUGCGUCCCCGAAAGCUCAGCAGCUGUCCCUGCAGACCCUCAGGACUGCCCAGUCGAUCAUCGGGACAACACACCCCAGCAUUGUGGACUGCGUGCUGAAGGUGCUGCGCACUGUGCACCCGGAAGUCCAGUAUGAAGCCAUCGAGCUGAUCAAGGACCUGGUCAAAUACGACGUGUGCCCGUCGCUUCUCAAGGGCCUCGUGGCGCUGCUGAUACCGUCCUUCAAGGAGACCAGCAAACAGCAGUCCCAGAUCGUCAGCGACUCUUCGGUUCUGCAGCUCACCGCCCAGCUGCCGUGGUUCUUGCAGCAGGCCGCGGCCGCCAAGGCCAUCAGGAUCCUGGCACGAGGCAACACGAGCCUGGCCGAGGAGAUGCUGCACCUGCGCGUGGUGCACAGCCUCAUGGCCGCCAUGGGCAACAUGGAUCACAGCAACAGCCAGCGGGAGGCCAGCCUCACGCUAGAGUACUUUGUGCAGUUAUUCCCAGUGGUGGAGGAGCACGUGCGCAGGUCCAUGGGGGAGGAACUCUACAAGCUCUUCCGUGGCAACGCCGAGGACUUGUACAGGAGAAUAGAUAGCAAUCAGGCGGACAUCUUGGCGGCCAACGAAGUCAAUGUCACCAAAGCCAUCGAGCUGAUCAAGGACCUGGUCAACUACGACGUGUGCCCGGCGCUGCUCAAGGGCCUCGUGGCGCUGCUGAAACCGUCCUUCAAGGAGACCAGCAAACAGCAGUCCCAGAUCGUCAGCGACUCUUCGGUUCUGCAGCUCACCGCCCAGCUGCCGUGGUUCUUGCAGCAGGCCGCGGCCGCCAACGCCAUCAGGAUCCUGGCGCGAGGCAACACGAGCCUGGCCGAGGAGAUGCUGCACCUGCGCGUGGUGCACAGCCUCAUGGCCGCCAUGGGCAACACGGACCACAGCAACGGCCAGCGGCAGGCCAGCCUCACGCUAGAGUACUUUGUGCAGUUAUUCCCAGUGGUGGAGGAGCACGUGCGCAGGUCCAUGGGGGAGGAACUCUACAAACUCUUCCGUGGCAACGCCGAGGACUUGUACAGGAGAAUAGAUUGCAAUCAGGCGGACAUCUUGGCGGCCAACGAAGUCAAUGUCACCAAAGCCAUCGAGCUGAUCAAGGACCUGGUCAACUACGACGUGUGCCCGGCGCUGCUCAAGGGCCUCGUGGCGCUGCUGAAACCGUCCUUCAAGGAGACCAGCAAACAGCAGUCCCAGAUCGUCAGCGACUCUUCGGUUCUGCAGCUCACCGCCCACCGGCCGUGGUUCUUGCAGCAGGCCGCGGCCGCCAAGGCCACCGGGUAAGCGGGCAGCAGGUAGUCGGCAGAUGCGGCAAGCCA